AUGAGCUCCGGCAUCCCACCAUGGCGUGUUGCGGCUUCAGCCACCGCUACCACCUCAAUUCACUCUGGUCAUGUGGCCCCAGCUUAUAUCCCAGUGCAAGCACGCCGUAGUAUCGCGCCCACCAAAGCCACCAACCCUGUUCCUUCUACUACACCCCCGACGACGCCUGCCGAUGCCGCCACCCGCAAAAAAGUAGAAUUUCCAGAAGCCGUCCGCAAAUAUGUGCAACGCAGCUUUGCGCCUGAAAACCGCCUUCCCACGGUCGACCGGAGUGAGAUGGAGGCGAAACUCAAGUCGGUCAUCACGGAGGCAGCAGAGGGUAAUAUGCUCGAUAAGAUCGACUGGGAAACCCUGCCUCUGCCGCAGGUCAUGGUUCAAAACGACCGCAACAUGGUGCUCGCCAGCCCAGGUGUCUCGACUUGGGCCACAUUUGGGACACAUUCGCCGAAGAAGUCCAGCACUCCAUUGGUUGACCUAUCGAAGAAGAGGAAAUCGGUGGAGUACCACGGAGACGCGAGCAGCUGUCCACCAUGGAGACAAACUAACAACCAGAAUGCCUUUGAAGACCGAGUCACUUAUCCUUCCACAGACAAGCGGCAGAAGAUGGACAGUAAGAACCCAAGUAAGUCAAAAGCUAAUCUGGAGAUGCGGAGGAAACGUUUCGAGGACGCACAAGGACGACAUGGAUCUUCGCCCUCAUCCCGCGGUGCAUCACCGACCCCCAAUGCAAACCAAGGCCCUGUUGUCGGAAGGUGCCAGGAGCUCGAGAAGAACUACUUCCGCCUGACUUCUGCACCGAAUCCGGAUACCGUCCGUCCCUUGCCGGUCUUGAUGAAAACAUUAGACCUACUGAAGAAGAAAUGGAAAAAGGACAACAACUAUGGCUAUAUCUGUGAUCAGUUCAAAUCCCUGCGUCAAGAUUUGACUGUACAGCAUAUCAGGAACGAAUUCACUGUCAGCGUCUAUGAAAUCCAUGCCCGAAUUGCCCUAGAGAAAGGUGACCUUGGUGAGUAUAAUCAGUGCCAGACUCAACUACGAGCGUUGUAUGCACAGCAGCUUGGCGGUCAUCCUACGGAGUUCAAGGCCUAUCGUAUCCUCUAUUUCAUCCAUACCCGCAACUGGACGGCCAUGAACGAUGCUUUGGCCGAUCUAACUGCAGCAGACAAACGGGAUCUUGCUGUGAAACAUGCGUUGGAUGUCCGUUCCGCUCUUGCUCUUGGGAACUAUCAUCGUUUCUUUCAGCUUUAUCUCGACACCCCGAAUAUGGGGGCUUAUCUAAUGGAUAUGUUUGUGGAUCGUGAGCGACUUUCUGCACUUGCAGCAAUUUGUAAAGCGUACAAACCUGACGUAAACAUCCGUUUCAUUACUGAAGAACUUGGUUUCGAGUCCGACGAGCAGAGCGCCCGCUUCAUUUUGGACCAUACUUCGGAGGACCUCCUCCAAGAGAAAGAUGGCGUGGUGAGACUGCUUACGGGUGGCAGGGCCGGCCAACUGUUCGAAGGAGCCAAGGCCGAGGCCCACCGAAUUGUCGAUAUCAAGGGACAGAUCUAA